GAAGAGAGCUCAGUGCAAUUUGAGUCACACUUCACCCUACAUCAACGCGGCCGGCGCACACUCGCUUUGUGAGUGAGUUAGUGACAUUGACCUCCGGAUACGAGACGGCGCGGAGCCACGGCACUAAAGAAGGAUUUAAAGAGAGGGUUAUUAUCUCUACUGGUUGUUGCCUCUGCCUGCUGCUCCCCCACCUGGGAUCACUCGCAACUCCGGCUACACCUGGGCAGAGAGGGAGGAAGCUGCGAGAUCAGACGCACACAAUUAAUGCGAGCCCAGGGAAACUUUAUUCCAGCACCAUUCCCCCGGCGAUCCCUCCUAACUUUUCAAACCUCCCCGAGGGAGGCGAUGGAGGUCGGGGUGGAGGAACCUGCUGGCGAGAGGAGUUAAGGUGAAAUUCCUUCUCUCGCGUUGCUGCUCGGCGGAGAGAGAGGUGGGAUUGUCUCCCCCGGACGAGCAUUAACUGCAAUGGGGAACCAGGUGGAGAGACUUACGCACUUGAGCUACGCCGAGGUUCCCACGGCUGACCCGACGGGGAGCGACCGGGAGGAGCCGGGACCUCGCAUCGGAGUCUCUUACAUCUUCUCGGUGGACGAGGACGAGCUGGAGGAGCCGGUGGCGAGCGAAGCGGGCACGGUGUUGACGGAGGAGAACACUUACGAUGCGCGCAACGAAGUGGAGUGCUCGGUGUAUUACAGGGACCAGUGCAUCUACGAGAAGAGGGGCAGUUUCGGCAAGAGCGAGGGAGGAGGAGAAGGAGGAGGAGGAGAAGGGGUAGACUUGACCACCCAGCCGCCCGAAACGCUCCUCAACAAAUGCAAACCCGGCGACCUGGUGGAAUUUGUAGGCAAGAACCAGUGCCCACACUGGGCCGUUUACGUGGGUGAUUUCCAAGUGGUGCAUCUGCACAAGGCCGAGAUUAAGAACGAUUUUUUGACCGAUGCCAGUCAGGGCAGGAGGGGGCGACUGGUGAACCACCUGUACAAGUUCAAAGCCCGGCCUCCCGAGAGCGUGGUGCAGUGCGCCCUCCAGCAGGUGGGACUCAAGGGGGUGCAACUGAUCUGGAGGAGCUCCGAGUGUUUCGCCGCCUGGUGCCGGUGCGGCCGGAGGGAGUUCAAGGCAGGGGGCGAGCUGAGGAUUGGCAAGCAGCCUUACCGCCUGAAGGUCCACCUGAGCGACAAGGCGAGCCACACGCUGGAGUUCCAGAGCCUGGAAGAUCUGGUCAUGGAGAGGAGGAGAAACGACCAGCUUGGCAAAGUGGCCCUGAUGCAGGAGUUAACCGCACAUCUGCAGACAGAGGAACAGCAUCGGACUGAACUGGACGCUCAAUGAGCGGGGGUUUUACACCCAGCCACUCUCAGUGAAGCCAGCUCCGAACUUUAAAAAAAAAGGGAUGCAUAACCAUGUGUCCGGCUGUUACAUUCCAUUUAUCCUCUUGCAGGAAACUGACAUUAAUUCUUUGGCAGAACCUCCGGGUGGAAAAUUACUUGAUUCCCUGGGUCUUGAGGUGACUGCUGGGUCUGGCAGCUAACUUGAACGACACCUCUUUCAGCUGCAAGACAAAACAGCCACUUUCCCCCCACAUCUCCCCACCACCACCUCCACCCAAGUCACGGCGUGGUGCAGUGUAACCGAGCGCAGACUUCUCUCUGACCAGGGAAGGCUGCGGGGUCAAUGGUUCCUUCAAAAUGAAGGGCAAAGUUAAAUACACGGAAUUAAUGGCUUUUUUUUUCCCCUGAAGGGAUUAGUCUGAUCCGGAGAUGAAUUGCGGUUAUUAACAGGAAGACGGGUAAAUACUUGUGAAGACUGAGCAUGCUUGCCGGAUUGCAAUGAUCACAGGGAAAAGUGCUCCAGUCACCAAAUACACCCUCCUCUGGUGUUAUAUUAAACAUAGAGACUUUAUAUAUAGUUGAUUUAAGAAAUAGUGCUCAAUAGAUUUUAUUUUCUUAAAUUUGGUUUUGAAGCCCCUACUAAUAUAGGCAGGUUUCCAAUGUUUAUGCUAUCACCAAUACACUCAGAGAAUGCACAAUGUCCAUAGUUCUUGCAUAUCUUUAUUGAAAUUGAAUUAACUAUUUUUGUAAUGAUAUUUUUGAAUUAUUGUGCAUUAAGUUAUGCACUCCUGUUCAUUUUUUCACCUGCCUUAAUGUUGAUGUGCAUAACAUAUCAAAAUUUGGAAAGGUUCUUAAAGAUCAACAGAACACACAAACUAUGUAUUGAUUGUGUCUUAAUGAGCACUUGUGUUAAUUGCAAAACCAUGUAAUAAAAAUGUUGAAUUACAUGGUU